GUUUUAGUUUAGUUUAACUGAUAGAAUUCCAUUGUGUCAUAUUUUCCAGGGUGUGCAUUGGACCCUUAUUUGUUUAUCAUAUACAAAUUUGAAUAAGUUCGGUUUCGUUUCAACCAAAGGAACUAGAACUCACUUUUUGGCCUUCUCUGUUUGGCCUCACCUCUCCUUCACCACCUUCUAUGAUCCUUACUAUAUUAAAAUCUCUCAACUAUUAACCAUCCCUCAAUGUAGCAAUCUCAUUCUCUUCUUCUCAUCUCAGCAUGCCAACCAAAAGGGUACCUUGCUGGAAAGAGAAGCCUGUAUUGGUAUCGGUUUAUGUGGAGAGGCCGAAGAGAAGGCCAGCUUCAUCAACUCAUCAUCAUCAUCAUCACCACCACCACCACCACCAUCAUAUUCAUCAAACCAUCAAGCGAGAGGUUAUUUCUCAUAGGGAUGGUGCUGGUGGCAAAGGCUAUACUACUAGUAGGAGAGCUGAGCUCCUUCGGUACUCUCAACGCCUUCGCCAAUCUGCUAGAACAGCUCUAGCAUCACCAUCACCAUCCAUACCCUCUGUUCCAAAUCCAAGCCACACCAGCAAUCCUCAACCUCAGGCUGAGAUGGUCACUGUCCCAACAAAGCCAGAGAAAGCAAAAGCACCAACCUGCUUUGGCAACUGCGAAGUACCAACCAUAUUUGGGCCUCUUACAAGUUUCCACGCUAAGAAAGCGAGGAAUACAAGAAAGAAACGUGGCGGUAAUGCCAGCAAUAAAAUAAAAGCUGCUAUCAAAACCUUGAAGGUGCAAAAGCAACAGGCCUUCUUCUGCAAGUUGUUCUCAUCAUCAGCAAAGCGAAAGUAAAGCUGUAACAACCGAUGUGAUUCUGUAUAAUUUUCUUGUCAACUCUAAUGAAUAUAUGCUUCUGUAGUUCUGUUAACCAGAAUACGAUUUUUGUUGCUUCUGGAGAAAGAGGAAACUUAAUAUGAAGAGACUUUCACUGUAAUUCUAUACAGAAACUUUCCCAAUGAGGUUCUGAAACACACAAAUCAUCAAUGUAUUUAUCAUCACCAUUAGGCAUUUGCCAUUACAGAAAUCAGAUUCAUG